AUGAACACAUCAAACACUGUAAAAGAUGUGAAGAAGAUGAUCGAGGAUGUUGUUGGAGUACCUCCUAGUCAACAAUUGGUUGUUGAAAAUCCAGAUCACCCACCACUGGAUGAUGAAGAGAUCUUGGGUGCUCAUAACAUCCAGAAUUUGGGCUUAGUUUGGCUCUUAAGCCCAUCGAUGAAGCUCCAGAUAAAAAUCUCCCAGGCAGGUACUUGCAUGCAACUCGAUAUCUACAGCUCAUUCUUAGUUUCCAACAUUAAGGACAUGAUCCACGACAAUAUGGGUGUCCCGUCCAAUAGACAAACUCUAGUCUAUUCUGGAAGAUCACUCAAUGAUGACAAGGCCUUGUCAUUCUACGACAUUCCUAGGAAUUCCACCAUUUACGCAAUCUUUGGGGUAGACAAUGGAACAUCUGAUUUGCUGAUAUUUAUUGAUGCUGGAGCUUGUUUACAUAAAGGAGAGCUUAAGGACUCGAAAACUGUUAAAGGCUAUAAUAUGGAUGAUGGGUCCUUCAUUUCUUUGAACGUUUCUGGCUCAUUGAUCUGGUUGCAUAUCAAGGUAAAGAGCCAAAACAUGACCCAAAAUGUCAUAUCAAUUCAAGCAAAGAGUUCUGACACUGUCGAUGAAUUUAUAGCCAAGAUUCCUCAAGGGGAGUUAGCGAGCAUCGUUGGGGAACCAGCUCUGUUUCUGGAGGAGACUAGGCUUAUGGGUGACAAUGCUUUAGCCUAUUAUGAUCUCCAUUCAAGAUCUUCUCUCACACUGGAACGUGCUAUCCAAAUUCACGUGGCGAUUCCGUCCAAGCAAACAGUUAAGGUGAACCUGAAGGCAUCAGAUCCCAUCUAUCAAAUGAAGGAGAAGAUUGAAGAGACGUGUGGCAUCCCUAAUGAACUGCAACAACUGACUUAUCAUGGAGAUGCGGUGGAUGACAUGUUGAAUGCUGAGCAGUGUGAAGAACUGCUGGGGAACCUUUGGGUUCUCAGGUGGAACUGGGCUGGUAGGACUUGGUCUUUCUUCUGGCCAUCCUAUAUGCAUGUGUAG